GACGGCUCUGACAUUUUUAUUUUUUGUUCGAUAAAGUUUUAAUUGAGAAGAAUAUGAUGGAGAUGGCAUCUGUCCCUGGAGCUGUUUUGUUGUUCCUCUGCUGCUCUGCUGUCAUCUCCGAAGUUUGUGACCAGUUUGCUGCAACAGGCCAGAACUUCAGCGUUCCUUUGGGAUAUGAGCUGAAGUCUACCGAUAACCUGAAGUGGAAGUUUAAAGGAAAAUUAGUGUUCCAUAAAAAAUCCGGAAUAGUAACUAUUGGGAAAGAAGAUGAUAUCAAUGCAAAUGGAUCCCUCCAACUGACUAAUCUAAAGACGGACCAGGCAGGAGUUUACACUCCACAGGUUUUUGAUCAAACUGGAAGAAAUCAGGCCACAGAGGAAACAAUUUUAUAUAUACUGGAUCCUGUGAAGAAGCCUAAAGUAAAUGCAACAUGUAAGGAUAAAACAGUGGUCUUUACAUGUGUUUCUAAUAAGCAACCUAACACUGCAGAAUAUGAAUGGCUACUGAACGGUGCCACGAUGAAAAAAGAGAAAGGCUUGUCUCUUGAAGUGUAUGCUACAGAAACUGAAGCGGACAGAUUUGCCUGCAAAGUUUUCAACAAAGCAAGUUCUGAAACCAGCGAAUAUGUCAUUCAUACAUGUUCAAACCCUUUCACAUCUGUCAAAUGUGCUCAGGGAGAACCUGCUCUCAUCUAUGAAAAGCACAGGGUGCCAGUGGCGAACUUGUCAAUCCGGUGUUCUGUGGCAAAUGCCAAUCGAGCUCUAAGGUGCUGGGCGUGA